AUGAGGGGAAAUACUGAACAAGCAAAAGCAUUGAAAUCUUCAUUACGGGACCUCUUAAAAAACGAUGAAGAGUUAUGUAAAGAAUAUGAAUUACUAAAUACAUGGCUUAGUGUCCCUGAGGAAGAGUACGUUCGCGUUUUACAAUAUAUUGUUUCUCAUGGAACAAAUUCAACACAACCAAUGAAUUUUAAUAAUGCAGCAAAAGAAGAACCGGCAGUAUCUACGAUAAAUAAUAAUUCAGGAGAUUUGAACGACUAUGAGAAAAUUAACGAACCCUUAGCUCUAAAGUCUUUCAAAGAAGUGAGAAAUCACAACGCGCAUGGGAUUACAAAACCAGAGGAUGAUGACAAACUACGAAGAUUGUCAACUCUAGCAUUAGAAGUAACUGUGUGCCUUAAAGCAUCCGAGCCAUUAGCAGAAAUAAAGGAGUUGAACUUUGAACUUGCGGAACAUUUAAUUUUGACGACAAAGAGGAAAGAUGAGGAGGAUGGGGAGCUGUCAGACUUUGCACUAGACAUUAUUGAUAGAUUUGAUUCAUCGAUAGAGUUAAAGCAAAUUAUGCUUUAG